CUAUGCCUUUAAAAUCACACUCUCUUCCAUCCUACUUUCUUAUCAAACCAUCUUCUUCUUCCUCUCAUCACCUUUUUUAGCAACUUAAAAAAAAAGCACUUUUAAAAAUGCCUCCUAUUUUGCCUGAUUUCUCUAGCUCAGUUAAGCUCAAAUAUGUCAAACUUGGUUACCAAUAUCUUGUUAAUCAUAUCAUCACUCUCACAAUUAUUCCUAUCAUCAUUGGUGUUUCCAUUGAGAUUAUUCGUUUAGGUCCAAAUGAACUCUUAAACCUUUGGAAUUCACUUCAUUUUAAUCUCGUACAAAUCCUAUGUUGUUCUUUCCUUGUCAUUUUUAUAUCCACCGUUUAUUUCAUGUCGAAGCCUCGUACAAUCUACCUUGUUGAUUAUGCUUGCUUCAAACCACCGAUUACAUGCCGUGUUCCUUUCGCUACUUUCAUGGAACACUCCAGGCUUAUCCUUAAAGGAAAUCCGAAAAGUGUCGAGUUUCAGAUGAGGAUGCUCGAGCGUUCCGGUCUUGGCGAAGAAACUUCUUUACCACCUUCUAUUCAUUAUAUUCCGCCGAAACCAACCAUGGAAGCUUCAAGAGGUGAAGCUGAGCUUGUGAUUUUCUCGGCUAUGGAUUCCUUGUUCGAGAAAACCGGUCUUAAACCGAAAGAUAUAGACAUUCUUAUCGUAAAUUGUAGUCUUUUUUCUCCAACACCUUCGUUGUCUGCUAUGGUGAUUAACAAAUAUAAACUCAGAAGUAAUAUCAAGAGCUUUAAUCUUUCUGGAAUGGGUUGUAGCGCUGGACUCAUUUCGAUCGAUUUAGCUCGCGAUCUUCUUCAAGUUCAUCCGAACUCAAAUGCCGUGGUCGUUAGCACGGAGAUUAUAACACCGAACUAUUACCAAGGGAAGGAAAGAGCCAUGCUUUUGCCAAACUGUUUGUUCAGAAUGGGCGGCGCGGCGAUUCUGAUAUCGAACCGGUCGUCGGAGAAAUGGAGAGCUAAAUACAGAUUAGUGCAUGUUGUUAGAACACAUAAAGGAGCUGAUGAUAAAGCAUUCAAAUGUGUUUUUGAAGAAGAAGACAACGAGGGCAAAGUUGGAAUUUCUCUUCAAAAGGAUCUCAUGGCAAUUGCCGGUGAAGCUCUAAAAUCAAAUAUCACAACAAUGGGUCCUCUUGUGCUACCAGCUUCAGAACAGUUACUCUUUCUAAUUUCACUCAUUGGCAGAAAAAUUUUCAACCCUAAAUGGAAACCUUACAUACCGGAUUUCAAACAAGCCUUCGAGCAUUUCUGUAUCCACGCCGGUGGCCGUGCUGUCAUCGACGAGUUACAGAAGAAUCUUCAAUUAUCAACAGAACACGUGGAAGCGUCGAGGAUGACGCUACAUAGGUUCGGUAACACAUCGUCUUCGUCGCUAUGGUACGAACUCAACUACAUCGAAUCGAAAGGAAGGAUGAAGAAAGGAGAUAGAGUUUGGCAGAUAGCAUUCGGCAGCGGAUUUAAAUGUAACAGUGCUGUUUGGAAAUGUAACAGAACCAUUAAAACGCCUGUUGAUGGACCUUGGACAGACUGCAUUGAUCGUUAUCCUGUUCAUAUUCCUGAGAUUGUUAAACUCUAGUUUGCUUGAUUGGAGAAUAUGAACUUGAUUGAAGAGGGUAAAAGAAUUGGUUCAUUAUUACUCUUCUCUCUUUGUUGUUGAAGUGUUAUGUGAUGAGAGUCAUUUGGUUGGUUAUUUUACUUGUUUUAUUUGAUUUUCAUAUGAUGAUAUUUGUAAUUUUUAUUUAUUUUCCAAACAAUUGCUACUACUACAUGAUAGGCUUUUAAUGUGAAUUUGCAUAGAAAUUACUAUUGGGGAAUUCUGUGUAUAUUCAUUAAUAUUGUGCAAAAUCAUGUAAGUGAUAUAUAUAGUACUACUCUAAGUUCUACUUUA